GGAAGGCUGAGGUUCGACCUGAACUUUGCACUCUGCAAUUUGGUGAAGACAACACAAAAUUGGGUGAAGACGACAAGAAAUUUGGUGAAGACAACACUAGAUAAUAAGCGGCAACUGCUCGACCAGUGAAUCAGAGAAGGAGAAACCACGGCGUGAGGAGAGCAGUCAACGGUAAGGCGAUUUCCGGCGCCGUUGAAACCGAAAAAUGUUAAUGGCGGUGACUGUGUAGAUUUUUUUUACCCGAUAAGUAUUAGGGUUUUUUAACUUCUGAGUUUGUGUUUAUUUUUUUAAUAAUAAUUUAUUAAUCAUAUUUACAUAAUUCAAAUUUCAAAUAUUAAAAUUGAUAAAUAUAAUGGCAUAGCUGUUAUUAUUAGGAACUACAUAGGGUAUUCAGCCCUUUGAUUAAAUAUAUAUGCUAUUCUAGUAAAUUUUUUUUUUUGGGGUGUUAAUCUAGUAAUAACUGGAUGACUUAGUGCUAAUCUGAGUAAUUUCUCUUUAAUUUAUUCACAAUAAUGAUGUGAUUUAUGACAUCUUUUUGAUCUAUAUUCGAAUAAUGAUUAGUGGCAAACUGGCAAUAUAUGUGGGUUUAAUAUAGUUCUUGAUUUUAAUAUACUUAGUCAGCAAAAAUGAAAAUUUAAAUUUCUUAACUAAGAUGAUUUAUUUAUAUGAAUCUUAGUAUAUAGGAAGAUGAUAAUGAUCGGCUUGGAUUUGCUUUGGUUACGUACUAAGAAUUUAGUUCAUACUGUUUACCAAAAAAAAAAAAAAAAAAAAUUUAGUUCAUACUGAAAAUGGGUCACCGAACAUGAAAAAGAUAUAUUCAAAAAUCAUACUCAACGUCUCAAAGUCUCAAAGUCUCAAAGUCUCGUAAUCAUUGUUAAGGUUUUAAGGUCAAGAAUUAACAAAUAAUGUUUAUCAAAAAAAAAAAAAAGAAUUAAAUUAAUAAUAUUUUAAGGUGUAUAGUUCGCUGACUCGCUGUGAUAGAGGGUUCUCUUUUAAUUUAUGUUUUUGAUAAGUAAGGGUAAAAGUGUAAAAACCCAAAACACAAAUCUUUUCUUUCCCGGUGGCAUCGUCGCCGAGAAAGCAGCCAAUUUUAGAAGAGAGCUUCGACGUAUUUGUGUGAGGCCGACAUCGAAAAUCAAAAUCUCUCCCACCGAGAUAGUCGAAAUGGCAGCGGCGGCGACGAAGACGAAGACGACGAGGAAGGCGGAGGAGCUGGUGGAGAAGACGAUGAAGGGAAACGAUGCUUCUCAUGACGCCUCGCACGUGUGGAGGGUCCGAGACCUUGCUCUCUCCAUUGCUCGCGAGGAAGGUCUCUCUUCCAACUCCGACUCCAUGGAGAUUGUAGAGCUUGCAGCUCUUCUCCAUGAUAUAGGUGAUUACAAGUACAUAAGAGACCCUUUGGAAGCGAAACUUGUUGAGAAUUUCCUGGAUGAGGAGGGUGUAGAAGAGACCAAGAAGAUGAAGAUCCUAAAGAUCAUCAAUGGAAUGGGUUUCAAAGACGAACUAUCAGGGCAAGCACUCUGCGAGUCUCUUCCAGAAUUUGGGGUAGUUCAAGAUGCUGAUCGCCUUGAUGCAAUUGGCGCCAUAGGAAUUGCUCGUUGCUUUACAUUUGGUGGGAGCAGGAACAGAGUGCUUCAUGAUCCUGAGAUCAAGCCCCGGACAGAGUUAACCAAAGAGCAGUAUAUGAAGAAAGAGGAGCAAACUACUAUUAAUCACUUUCAUGAGAAACUCCUCAAGCUGAAGAAGCUGAUGAAAACCGAGGCGGGUAAAAGGAGAGCAGAGAAAAGGCACAACUUCAUGCAAGAGUUUCUCACGGAGUUCUAUGAGGAGUGGGAUGGGAGAGCUUGAAAAUGAUGCAU